CAAUAUGUUAAUAGUAUUGUUGCUCUUAUACUUAUUAAUUAAAUUAUGGUAUAAAUUAAAACCUAAAAAAUUGCUGAGUUCAAUGGGUAAAGCAGUGUUAAUAACGGGCUGUGACACAGGCCUCGGCCACCACCUGGCGCUGCGUCUCAAUGAACGCGGGUUUAGAGUCUACGCGACCGUCGUGUCCGAGUCCAGUGCCGGCGCACAGCAGUUGGCCUCUAAGGCACAGUUUGCCCAUAAAAUGCAUGUCAUAGGCAUGGAUGUGACCAAAGAUGAUCAGGUUAACAGUGCGUAUGAACAUGUUAAAUCGCAUUUGGACCAAAAUGGUGAUUGCUUGUGGGCGCUGGUAAACAACGCAUGCCUUACAGCCGAUAGCUAUGUGGAGUGGGGUUCGCCCCAAAUCUAUGAACCCAUAUUUGCCGUAAACAUGUUUGGAGUAAUACGAGUGACCCGUACUUUCCUGCCUCUGAUCCGGGCGUCAAAGGGUCGGGUGGUGAACGUGGCCAGUACUUUGGGUCACAUAUCUCUCCCAUUAUUCGCCUGGUAUUCAAUGUCCAAACACGCGGUCAUAGCAUUCUCGGACACAUUGCGUCGGGAAAUGCGGUCAUUUGGUGUACGCGUGUCUAUCGUAGAGCCCGGAGGGUUUCACACUCCCGGUGCCAACGAGACGCUCAGGUAUGACAAGAUUUGUCGCACGUGGAGUCAUACCAGUGAUGGCGUGAAAAACGCUUAUGGUCCGAAAAGUGAGCAUGAUUUUAAAGCUAUAAUCGCAUCGAGUACGGCCAUGUUCAAAUUGAGCGAGAACUUCGAUGUGGCCACAAACGAUAUGAUGGAUGCCAUACACAACGCUGAGCCCCGCCUCAUGUAUACGCCCACCGAAAGUGUUUGGGUUAAGAUAGUAGUGCAGCUCAUGGUGUGGAUGCCAUCGGCGUGGCUAGAUCAAAUUGUUCACCUAACUGAUCCUCUUAAAUCACGUUCAUAA